AUGGCCUGUUCUUCUUCUUUCAUCGGUGUUUCCUCCAUAUACCAAACCCCAUCUCUCGAACUCUCCAAAAGACCCCUCACAACCCCUCCCUUAUCUCUUCCUUUUAGCUCCGAAAAGUCCCAUUUCAAUGGGUUGAAAACUUUUUCUACUCAUUUUCGUCCCAAACAGGUCGGUGGUGGUGCUAAUUCGUUUGUUGCUUCGGCGGUUGUGACCCCAAAUUCCUCGGUUUUGAGUGAAGAGGCGUUUAAGGGACUUGGUGGGUUUGGUAGGGAUUCUUUGAAUGUUAGUGAUAGUGAAUAUGAAUCUGAAGCUGAGGUGGUGGAGUCUGGAAGUGGUAGUCGGGAUGAAUUGGCUAUUUCGAAGCUGGGUUUACCUCAGAAGCUUGCAGAGACACUCGAGAGUCGAGGGAUUAAUAACCUGUUCCCUAUUCAAAGAGCUGUGUUAGUACCAGCUUUGGAAGGUCGAGAUAUAAUUGCUCGUGCAAAGACUGGGACAGGGAAGACACUAGCAUUUGGGAUUCCGAUACUUAAACGAAUUAGCGAAGAUGAUGAGGAAAGAGGUUCUCAGAGGCGGGGACGGCUUCCAAGGGUGUUGGUCCUUGCACCAACUAGGGAGCUAGCAAAGCAAGUAGAGAAGGAGAUGAAAGAGUCUGCACCAUAUUUGAACACCGUUUGUGUCUAUGGAGGAGUUUCUUAUAACACGCAGCAAAAUGCUCUUUCACGUGGAGUUGAUGUGGUAGUUGGAACCCCAGGGAGAAUAAUUGACCUCAUCAACAGCAACAGCCUCAAACUGGGGGAAGUCCAGUAUUUGGUUCUCGAUGAAGCUGAUCAAAUGCUUGCUGUUGGGUUUGAGGAGGAUGUGGAAGUGAUUCUACAAAAGCUUCCAUCAGAGAGGCAAAGCAUGCUUUUUUCAGCAACCAUGCCGGGAUGGGUAAAGAAGUUGGCUAGGAAAUAUUUGGACAAUCCUUUGACCAUUGAUUUGGUUGGUGACCAAGAAGAAAAGCUGGCAGAGGGGAUCAAGCUAUAUGCCAUAUCAACUACUACAACGUCAAAGCGGACCAUUCUUAGUGAUCUUGUAUCGGUCUAUGCAAAGGGUGGGAAGACCAUUGUUUUUACACAGACAAAACGAGAUGCAGAUGAAGUCUCAAUUGUAUUAACGAACAGCAUCACUUCUGAAGCUCUGCAUGGUGACAUAUCUCAACACCAGAGAGAGAGAACACUAAAUGGAUUUAGACAAGGAAAAUUUACUGUUCUUGUUGCCACUGAUGUCGCAGCUCGUGGGCUUGAUAUUCCCUAA